AAAACCCCAUCUGCAUCACCACCUCUCUCCAUUUAACAACAAUCCCAAAUAUUAUAUUCCAAAAAAAUAUGUUCACUGGAUCCAGAUCUUCUGUUUUUCCCCUAUAAACAAAACAUGGGGUUUCCCCCCUCAACAAUCCCCAGAAAAAACACAGACCCAACUCUUCUCUGCAGCAGCUCUCUCCACAGCCAUGCCUCCACCCUUAAGCAAUCCUCCUCCUCCCUUUCUCUCUCCUCCCAACACCAUCAUCUUUACCUUGCUUCUCACUCUAACGUCUCUCCUUCUCUCUCCUUGCUACUCCAUUGAUGUCCAAGGCCAAGCUCUUUUGGCAUGGAAAACCAACUUGAAUUCCUCAACGGAUGUUCUGAAAUCAUGGAACUCCUCAGACCAAUCUCCUUGCAAAUGGGUUGGGAUUUCCUGCGAUUCCAGUGGAGAUGUAAUCGAGAUAAUCUUGAAAUCAGUGGAUUUACAAGGCCCUUUGCCUUCAAAUUUCCAACCACUCAAUUCCUUGAACACCCUUAUCCUGUCAUCAGCUAAUCUCACCGGACCCAUUCCGAAAGAAUUUGGUGAUUAUUCUGAACUGGUUACCAUUGAUAUCAGUUCCAAUUCCAUCUCAGGCGAAAUCCCAGUUGAAGUUUGUAAUCUAAUAAAGUUGCAAACUUUGGCACUCAACACGAAUUUUCUUGAAGGGGAAAUCCCUUCUGAGAUCGGAAACUUAUCGGGUCUGGUUUAUUUUACCGUCUACGACAACCAGCUCAGCGGUGGGAUUCCGAAGGAGAUAGGGAACUUGAGGAACUUGGAGACUUUCCGAGCCGGUGGGAAUCAGAAUCUCAAGGGGGAAAUCCCAGUGGAAAUUGGAAACUGCACCAACUUGACCAUGUUAGGCCUGGCUGAAACCAGCAUUUCUGGAAAUCUUCCUGUUUCCAUUGGAAUGCUAAAGAAUCUUCAAACACUGGCAAUUUACACUGCUCUAAUGUCAGGUCCAAUCCCAGAUGAGAUUGGGAACUGCAGUGGAUUGCAGAAUCUCUACUUGUACCAGAAUUCGAUUUCCGGUCAGAUACCGACAAGUAUUGGGGAGCUCAAGAGUCUCCAGAGUCUGCUUUUAUGGCAGAAUACCAUAGUUGGAACAAUCCCAAGUGAGCUUGGAAACUGCAGGGAGCUGACAGUGGUGGAUUUGUCUGAGAAUCAGCUGGUUGGGGAAAUACCCACAAGUUUUGGGUCACUUUCUGGACUUGAGGAGCUUCAACUGAGUGUCAAUCAGUUAUCAGGUACUAUCCCUACUGAACUCUCAAACUGCACAGCCUUGACUCAGUUGGAACUUGACAACAACAACUUCUCAGGGGAAAUUCCUUCCUCCCUGUUUGGCAAAUUAAAGAGUUUGAAUCUCUUCUUUGCCUGGCACAAUAAUCUAACAGGGAGAAUCCCAGAGUCUUUAUCCCAAUGUGACAAUCUUCAAGCUCUUGACCUUUCUUACAACAAUCUUUUUGGUCCUAUACCGAAACAGAUUUUCGGUUUGAAAAAUCUAACCAAGCUGCUGCUGCUUUCCAACGAUUUAUCGGGCUUUAUUCCGCCCGAUAUUGGAAACUGCACAAACUUGUACAGGUUCAGAGUCAACGAUAACGGGCUUUCGGGUACUAUUCCAUUGGAGGUUGGAAAUUUGAAAAGUUUGAAUUUCCUUGACAUGGGUAAUAACAUGUUUGUGGGUCAGAUUCCUCCACUAUCUGGAUGUGGGAAUCUUGAAUAUCUUGAUCUCCAUUCAAAUGGACUCACCAGUUUUUUGCCUGAUUCUCUGCCCAAUAGCCUACAGUAUAUUGACGUUUCAGACAAUAGGCUAACUGGUCAGUUGAGUCCUAGUGUUGGUUCCUUAACUGAAUUAACCAAACUAAAUCUCGGAAAGAAUCAACUUUCCGGGGGGAUUCCGGGAGAGAUCUUGUCUUGCAGCAAGCUCCAAUUUUUAGACCUUGGGAACAAUGGUUUCUCAGGUGAAAUCCCCAAGGAAUUGGGACAAAUUCCAGCUCUUGAAAUCUCUCUCAACCUAAGCUGCAACCAGUUCACCGGUGAAAUCCCAUCCGAAUUCUCCGGUUUAACCAAAUUAGGAAUCCUUGACCUGUCCCACAAUAACCUCACUGGAAACUUAGACACCCUCACAAGCCUUCAAAACCUUGUUACCCUCAAUGUGUCGUUCAACAAUUUCUCCGGCCAAUUGCCAAACACCCCCUUCUUUCGUAACCUCCCAAUGAGCGACCUUACCGGAAACCAAGCCCUAUACAUCUCCCGUGGGGUUAACACUCCCGCUGACAGAAUGGGUUCUGCUGGACGUACCAAAACAAUGCUGAAGUUGGUGAUGACAGUCCUCGUUAGCGCCAGCGCAGUAUUAGUCUUGUUAACGGUUUACAUGUUGGUUCGAGCCCGUCUAGCCAAAAGUGGAUCUUCCAUUGAGAAUUGGGAAUUGACAUUUUAUCAGAAAAUGGAACUCUCAAUCGAUGACAUAGUCCGAAACCUAGUGUCAUCGAAUGUGAUAGGUACUGGGAGCUCUGGGGUGGUGUAUAGGGUAACCAUUCCAAAUGGACAAACAUUGGCAGUGAAGAAAAUGUGGUCAUCAGAAGAGUCAGGCGCAUUCAGCUCAGAAAUCCAAACACUGGGCUCAAUAAGGCACCGGAAUAUUGUGCGCUUAUUAGGUUGGGGUUCAAAUCCGACCUUGAAAUUGUUGUUCUAUGACUACCAUCCGAACGGAAGCUUGAGCUCGCUCCUUCACGGUGGCGUUGGUGCUGCGAAGGGGGGAGGAGCAGAAUGGGAGACUAGAUAUGAUGUUGUCUUGGGUGUGGCUCAUGCACUUGACUAUAUCCACCAUGAUUGUGUGCCUCCAAUAUUGCAUGGUGAUGUCAAGGCCAUGAAUGUGUUGUUGGGUCCUCAUUUUGAACCAUAUCUGGCCGAUUUCGGACUCGCUAGGCUUGUCAAUGGUGGUGAUAAUGGUGAUAGUUCAAAGCAGAGCCUGAAGCCUUUUCUUGCUGGUUCUUAUGGAUACAUGGCUCCAGAACUUGCUUCAAUGCAACCCAUCACAGAGAAGAGUGAUGUAUAUAGCUACGGUGUGGUUCUUCUAGAGGUCUUAACCGGGAGGCACCCGCUGGACCCGACUUUGCCCGGGGGUGCACACUUGGUCCAGUGGGUCCGUGACCACUUGCAAAGCAAAGGUGACCCGGCUGACAUUCUUGACCCAAAGCUCAGGGGAAUGGCUGACCCUCAGAUGCACGAAAUGCUCCAAACGCUCGCGGUCUCGUUCCUCUGCGUCAGCGCCCGGGCUCCCGAUCGUCCAACGAUGAAGGACGUCGUCGCGAUGCUCAAGGAGAUUCGACACGUCGAUCCGUUAAGUAAGUCAGAAACGGAUUUACUCAAGGCCGGCAGCUUGGCGGCUCUUCCGCCGUCGCCCCCGUCUCGAGAUGUGGUCUACCAAGGAUCUUCUAACUGCUCAUUUGCCUUCUCUGAUGAUUCAUCAGUCUAGUUAAGGUUUAUCAAUUAUCAGGGGAGAUGAUAGUACCAAUUUUGUGCAUAAUCAGUUGGAGAAUCUAAUAGAGCAGGGCAGAUACAUGUUAUUAGAGAACAAGUUUUUGCUGGAAAAUCUGGGCACGAAGAUUGUAACUUUUGUUUUAUCCUGUUGUAGAUUUUGAAUUAAUAAAUAGUAUUGUAAAAAAGGAAGAUAGUAUUGCUACUGUUGUGUAUUGAUUUGGGAUGGCUUUUUUAACUGUCAUUUUCUUGGGGGGUCGAGAGUUUGUGUAAGGACAUGUAAAAAGCUCGAUCAAUCAUUGGUUGUCCUUCUUGUAUUUACUCUGUUCCAUUAGAAUUUAUUGCAAAGAAAUGCGAUUCAGUUUCCACUAAA